CGAAGUAUUUGUUUGAAUUUAUGAAAUAAGUAUUGAUGUUUAUGUUUGUAUGAAGUUGAAUUUGUAUGUAUUUUUGAAGUGCCAGGCCUUCUGGUGCGCCCCACGCCUCCUUGCUUCUGUGAGUUCUAGUACUCCUCUUUAACUCUUUUAUCGAUUACCUCAUAUUUCAUAGUUAUUGAUAAAUACUUGGUUGAUUUGUUAAUUAAUUCAUAUAAUCGUAUUCAUAAAUCAUAAUUGUUGAUUGUUUUAGGUUGAUUUGUUCUGCCUUCGGCCCUUGUUGACGUCGAGAUUAGUUGAUUUCUUAAUUAAAUAAAUUUUUGGAUUUUGGGUACUGACAUAGUUUCUUUGUUAAUGUUGUGUUCUGCUUAUUUUUUAAGUUAUUAGUUGAUUAGUUUAUAGUUGUUCACUAGUUGAAUUUUAAGUGAUUAGUUCAAUUUUGGGUUAUGUAAUUAAAUCUGAAUAUUUAUCAGUUUUAAAUCUGACACAAUAUGUCAACAAAUGCAUACCAUGGGAAGACUGAUAUUGCAUGGAAGAUGAGAGACAGGUUGUUGGUGAUCAACCCUACUCUAGUAGGACAAUAUAAUGGUUUUACACUUUUACCUCGAGUUAUUUAAUUUGGUGGUUUCUUUGAAAGUCGUAUUGUUCUAUCAACUAGGUGGAUGAGUAAAUUGAAGGCUCCAAAUUUAUACAGUUUUAAAGCAGAUCCUGCUGCUAGAAAGUAAAGCUUAAUUUUGCCCAGACCUUUAUGAAUGAUGAAUGCACUGAAGGGUAUUGCUCUUAGUGUUGCUCUUGAGUAUUGCAGGUAGCUACAAUGGCUUUAUUAGCAGCCCUUUGGUCUGAGUGAAAGGUUAUAGGGAGUUAGAGGUUGACUCUUCCUCUAGAGCUCUAUUAUAAAUUAUGAUUGGAAAGCCUCCUCCUGGGCAGUUGAAGGGAUUGGUCAAAGCUUGUAGAGGUUCGUUUGGGACUUGGGUGAAUCAAGGAAAUAUGAAACCAGCUAAGAAACUUGCGGGGAAGCAACGCCAAAGAAAAAUGAAGCAGCUAACAAAUAGGCAUAUUCUAAGAUUGAAUUGUAUUCUACAAUUAAAAUUUGUAAACUCUUUACUCCGUUCUAUUCAUAAAGUAUGUAUUCAGAUUAAAUUUUUGUUGUAUUGGACAAGAAUAAUAUUUUUGAGAUACUUUAUAAGUGACUUUGGUGAUG